CCGCCCUUCCCCAAGAUGGCGACGCGGGGAGCCCGCACACGUGCUCUUGCCAGCAGUUGGCAUGGCGGCGGGAAACCCGUGGAGCCCAAGGGGCCUGAAGCUGCCGCGCCGCCAGGAGUCGGAAUGGCGGCUAUGGAGGUCCGGCUGCCCGUGGCCCGCAAGCUGGUGGGCCAGGACUUGGCGCGGGGCAGCGGGAGGGACCUGGUGGCGCCGGGGGACACGAUCACCACGGACACGGGCUACAUGAGGGGCCACGGCACCUACAUGGGCGAGGAGAAGCUGGUGGCGUCCGUGGCGGGUGCGGUGGAGCGAGUGAACAAGCUGAUCUGUGUCAAAGCCCUGAAAACCAGGUAUAACGGUGAAGUUGGCGACAUCGUGGUUGGGAGAAUCACAGAGGUGCAGCAGAAACGGUGGAAGGUGGAGACAAACUCCAGGCUGGAUUCAGUCUUGCUUCUCUCAUCCAUGAAUCUGCCGGGAGGGGAGCUGAGGAGGAGAUCGGCAGAGGAUGAGUUGGCCAUGAGGGACUACCUGCAGGAGGGGGACCUGAUCAGCGCGGAAGUCCAGUCCGUGUUCUCUGAUGGGGCUGUAUCGCUGCACACCCGGAGUCUGAAAUACGGGAAGCUUGGCCAGGGUGUGCUCGUUCAGGUUUCGCCUUCCCUUGUGAAGCGCCAGAAGACUCACUUCCACGACCUGCCCUGUGGCGCCUCUGUGAUCCUGGGCAACAAUGGCUUCAUCUGGAUCUACCCCACUCCUGAGCAGAAGGAUGAGGAGGCAGGUGGCUUCAUCACCAACCUGGAGCCAGUCUCCUUAGGUGACCGGGAGGUAAUCUCACGACUCCGGAACUGCAUCAUGGCUCUGGUUACGCAGAAACUGAUGCUCUAUGACACCAGCAUUUUGUAUUGCUACGAAGCAUCACUCUCCCAUCAGAUCAAGGACAUUCUGAAACCGGAGGUGAUGGAGGAGAUAGUGCUGGAGACCCGGCAGAGGCUGUUGGAACUGGAGGGAUAAUGGCGGGAGUGAGGAGUAGCAGCUUGGCAUUUCAUCACAUCAGCCUUUGCAUCCCAGUGUUAUGCAGUUCUGCCACGUCCCAACCAGCAUCCCUGAACUCAGAAAGCACCUGAAUCCCGUUGUCUUCACAAGUUCCUCCUUGUGUAGUUUUCAUUUUGUUUUCGAAUAGUCUUAUCCCCUCAUGCUUCAAAGUGGACUUGUGGCCCUUGGGAAUGCUGGCUAUAACUGGCGUGUCUCUCACUAGGUAGGUUUUGGUGGGGAAUCAGAAGUGCCUCCGAUGUACCCCCAACUCAGCCCAAAAGAUUAGAAGACAGAGGAAGCCACUGUUUCAUCUUGGGAUAACCGUUUCUUUCGCUGCUCUCACCCAUGAUAAGAGUGUGACUUUUUACUCAAGGGUCCAUAAUCUUCUCCACAAGACCCCAUGUUGCAGCUACACAUCCUCUCACAACUGAUGAAUUGUUCAGGUCAGUGCUCUGGGGUGUUCUCCCUGCCCCUAAAUGUGUGUUGGAGUCAGCCAUUUUGGGCCCUGGCUUAUCGACAGUUCAGACAUACAGCACAGGAUGGUGAUGUGUCUACUGGAGCCAGGAGGCUGGUUCACUGAGUACCGAGACCUUGCAGGUGAAACGUGGGCAUCAGUCAUCAAAUCUGGUAUCACCUGCCUGCUGAUCCCGAGAGCUUUAUUUGGUAUAUGUGAUACUGUGAGCCUCUCUAGACAUGGAGGGUUCAAACAUUGUUUCCUACCAGUGAUUUUUUUAUAUAAUGUCAAUUAAAAACUGCCUUUGAGGGAGAA